AUGUCUCGUCGAAAGCAAGCGAAGCCCAGAUCUCUGAAAGGUCAGGAUGACAAGUUAAACAUUAAGGAAGAUGACGAGAGUGUGGGGAAGCAGCGUUGCUCCUGGGAAAGGAAAAAAGAGAGGAAUGACAGGAGGGAAACAUUUGGACAAGAGAAGGAUGAAGGAGUGAAUGAACCCAAGUGUGCAGAGAGCAUACAGGUGUCGGAAUCCUUCACCCGGCAGAAACUGCUGUACUGCCACAGUUCAGAAAAGACUAAUGUUGAGGAAGAUCCAAUUUUUUGCUUGGCUUUGCCUCUUACCUCUGGUCACUCCUCCCCUGACCAUGAAGAUGGAUUUGACCUUGGAUUUAAAGUGGAAGAUCUGCCAAAAUGCACCAAUGGAGAGAAAUAUAAAGAUUAUAAGAGGGUAAACGUCCCUUUGCCUGGCAACAGUUUAGUUCCUAUUGAAAUAUCCCAAAAGCAUAUCAUCAGUGAGGCCCUCAAAAACAGCAAGCAGGGAUUCAGAGACGAAUAUGAUCAGGUUAGUGCAAUGUCCCCUCGACAUCUCUCCAUUCUAAAUGAUUCACAGAAUAACAUGGAGGAAUUUGAGAACAGGCAGCCUCCAAAUAUUGCCAAUCCACACUCUAUCUUCUCCAGACAAGCCAAUCCAAUGGCAUUUAAACAAAUGGCUCCUUGUGCAGAAAAACGAAAGUCUCAGUUUUUGUCAAACAAUUCUUUUGGAAUCCAAUUCACCAAAAAGCUCAAGGUUUUCAAUAAUUGUGUUCAUUUUCACAACCACAUGGACUCCAGAAGGUGUCAGCAGACCCAACACAAGGAUAUGGACAAGGAGAUCCACUCUAGUCAAAUCGGUUCUGAUAUUCCAACUUUUCCUUCUGAGCUAAAGGAACACCAGAAACAGGCAAAUGUGUUACUUGACCAUUCAGUGGUACUUGAAGCAGCGAUUACUGCUGCAGUUCAAACAGUCCUUCAGUGUCGCUUUUGUCCAAAAACUUUAAAGAACAUGAAAGCCCUUCAAGAGCAUGUUCGCCAGUCACACAAUUCAAUAUGUGAAACUGAGAGCAACGUCUUCUUUUGCUCGCAGUGCUUUAGGGGAUUCCUGACAAAGGACACACUUGAUAAUCAUGUGCAGCAUACUCAUUGUAAAAAGAGGUUGUCAGUUGAUCCAGAUCUCUCAAAAGAAGCUGCAGAAAGAAAGGCUUUGCUCUUCUGUUCCGACUGCACACAUUUACCUACCUUCAGCAGUAAGCAAAAACUGAUGCAGCAUAUCAAAAAGACACACAAGAAUAUGCACUUAAUGAACCUUCAAUCAGAAAAAAGGACACAGAGUCUGACUUCGCCUCAGUCAAUCAAGUGUCUAGUUGAAAAAACUGGCAAGAGUGCUCUUCCAUCAACCAACUUCAUCUGUGACCAUUGUGGGGCUAAAUAUAUCAGUCUCAGUCUGUUUCAAACUCACUUGAGUUCUCACCUCAAAAUUAUGCUUCCAAACCAUACUUGUCCAGAGUGCUUCAAGGACUUCCCUAACCAGGACUCUUUGAAUGAACAUGCUAUGGCUCAUUUCAACAAUACAUCCACUCUCUACACCUGCGAGAGCUGCAGUAAGUCCUUUAUCAGUGUCAAAGACUUACAUGGACACCUUUUAGAGAUGCACACUCUUGAGUUUUACCGCUGCUCCAUUUGCCAGCAGGUAUUCAGCUCAAAGGUGUCCAUUCAGGUUCACCUGGCCUCCAAGCAUAGUACCAAGAGAACAACCUUCCACUGUACAUCCUGUGAAUGGGACUGUACGCAAGAGCAUGAAUUACAUGUGCAUGUUAAACAGAAUCAUCUGGACCAACAAUGCAAGGUAUACUGUUGCAUCUUCUGUGCAGAAUCCUUUAACACAGACAUUGAGUUACAGUGUCAUAUCACUACACAUAGUGACAAAAGCAGUCCGUGCCUUACCAAGAGCAACUCUACCCUCGAGGUGCCCUUACACGAGAAGGUUUGUGCCAAGAGUCAGGGCACUGAAGGUAACAACGUGACCCCUCCACCUGUCUCCGAAUCAGUUGCCAAGGACAGCACUGGAAUGCUGCCAAUGAAUAACGAAAUAAGAGACAGUAAGGUGGAAUCACUGCUAUGCUCUCCCGCUGAAAGCAAAGGAAAGGUGAGUAGGAGUGAUUGGAUGUUUGCCUGUGAAUUCUGUGGUGCCUCAUACACCAUGCAGUCCCUUCUCGCUAACCACCAGCUGCGAGAUCACCACAUCCAGCCUGGGGAGAGUGGCUCCCUGAGGCGCAAAGUGGAGGCAAUCCGAGGGAGCCACAAAUGCAAAGACUGUUCCAAGACAUUCUUCACUGAGAUGGCACUGUGGGAGCACGUCCAGACUCAUCUAGGCCCCACUAAGAACUGCCAAUGCCCCAUCUGUGGAGAGCGCUUUCCCUCACUGCUAACUCUGACUGAACACAAGGUCACCCACAGCAGGAGCUUGGACACUGGCAACUGCCGCAUCUGCAAGCUUCCUCUUCACAGUGAGGAGGACUUCCUGGAACACUGUCAGAGGCACCCAGACCUGCACAACUCACUGACAGGCUUCCGCUGUGUAGUGUGCAUGCAAACUGUCACCUCGACUAUCGAGCUGAAAAUUCAUGGAAGUUUCCACAUGCAGAAGGUCCAGGUCAAUGAUCUGACAAGCAGCUGCACAGAUCACUCUGACCUUCAUCCUGAUCUUCAAAUCUUCUCAAGGGUUGAAAUGGUGAAUGUUAGUAGUCUUGAGCCGAGACAAGACAACAAGACUAACAUUUCUGUAGUCAACUGUUGCUCGACUAUGGCUCACAUACCAGAGGAGAGAAGCAAUAAGAAUGCUGUUACCCAGACCAAAAAGGUUUUAGGGAAAUCCUAA